CUUCUGGAUGCAGCUGAUGCUCAGAACUCUGAUGAUAUGGGGACUUGUCGUGUUCUUGCUUCAACCAGCAGUGACGGAGAUUGCUCUUCUCUUCCCGGUCGCCACCACCUUGUCGGUCAUAUCAAACCAGGGUCAGGUCCCACCAGCACACGGGCCGCACCCAUUCGAUCGCCCCAAUCGCCUUCUGACAAGGCCUACCAAACCAGUUCGAGCAUCACGCCACCAUUCUGUGAUGAUGAUUCUACGUCUGCCAUGAUACCUCAGCCCGAAACAAGGCCCAUUUCUCAAGAUCAACUAGUUGCCGAAGUCAAAGGCAUAUAUGCUGGCUUGGUCAUGGUCGAGACCAAGUGCAUCGAAGUUGACAAUGCCAAAGCACUCAACACAGACACAAACACGAACCCAAAGCUCAACAAUGACCAAUGGCAAGCAUUAAUUGCCUUGCAUCGCACUCUACUACAUGAACACCAUGACUUCUUCCUCGCCAGCCAACAUCCCUCUGCUAGCCCCGCUCUGCGCAGACUGGCUUCCAAGUACGCCAUGCCUGCUCGCAUGUGGCGACAUGGAAUCCACUCAUUUCUUGAGCUGCUGAGUCACCGAUCGCCAGCAUCCCUAGAACAUAUGCUCACCUUCCUAUAUCUAGCCUACAGCAUAGUUUCAUUGCUUUAUGCAACGGUGCCUGCCUUUGAGGAUACCUGGAUUGAGUGUUUAGGCGGCCUCGGGAGGUACCGUAUGGCGAUCGAGGAUGAUGAUAUGCGGGAUCGCGAAAUAUGGACCGGUGUAUCGCGGAAUUGGUAUGCCAAGGCCUCGGAUCGCUCCCCGACAACCGGCCGCCUUUAUCACCAUUUGGCCAUUCUGGCUCGUCCGCAUGCCCUACAGCAGCUUUCUUAUUACACCAAGUCACUCUGUGCGCUGAUUCCUUUCCCAAGUGCGAGGGAGAGUAUUAUGACUCUGUUUGAUCCAGUCAUAAGUGCCAGCAGUACGUCUUCUCGCCUGGCCACCAUGAACACCGCCUUUGUGAAAGAUCAUGGGAUUCUCUUCUCUGGUAAAUCGCAAGACCGCUUGCAGGAAUCGAUGGACGAGUUUCUGGAACAGUUGGAUCCUCAUAUCUCAAAAGGCUUAAAGCGAUGGCUAGAGCCCGGGUGA